CUUUGUUUAUUUGCUGCAGUAGCUGAUAGCAGAAUCUGGCAUUACAAGGACACACAUGCUAUAGCUGUCUGUGCCAGGCUGCCCCGGGAGCCCAGUGAUCAGCCCAGGUUUGGGGAUGGGGACACAGGCCGGGGGUCUCCCCAGGAUGAGGCGGGGGCUGUUGGACUGGAGCCCGGGCUGUGCUGUGUGCUACUGACUCCUGGACUAUCUCAUCACCAACCCCCAACCCCGAGCAGACCAAGGAUCCGCCGCCUGGGACUCAAUCUCUGCAAUGGGAUGAAGAUGAGGUGGCACAAGAUGUUCCUGCUGCUUUGCAUGGCUGGCCUGUGUGUUAUCUCCGUUCUUCACUUCCUGAAAGCCCUAUCCUAUGUCUCCCUCUCUCGGGAGUUGGUCUCUUUAAGUCCUAACUUAAUAUCUGGCAUCUUCUGGGAAUCUCGUCCCUUGGUUCAACAGAUUGUCGUCAGAGAUGAUGAUGGUGCUGAGGUCUUGCGCACCCCUGCCUACUAUCCACCUCAAAUUCAUGCUCACCUGCCCAAACCACCUCCCUCGGGGCAAGGUGAGCAGCUGAACAUAGAUGACCUGCAUCUAGCUGAGUUUGUGUUGCAAGAAGACACAACAGAAUAUUUUGUACGGACCAAAUCAGGUGGUGUAUGUUUCAAGCCCGGUACAAAAUCCCUGGAGCGUUCCCCUUCAGAAAAACCAGAACGCACCUCACCACGAAAGCAAGCUUCUGGCUUAGCCAAGCAUCAACAACAACAACAGACACAUCGCAGAAAAUGGGUAGAAUGUGUGUGUUUGCCAGGUUGGCAUGGGCCUAGCUGUGGUGUACCCACUGUUGUUCAGCAUUCCAAUCUUCCUACCAAGGACCGCUUAACACCUCGGCAAAAACCAAGGCGUGUAAUCAAUGCUAUCAACAUCAACCAUGAGUUUGAUCUACUGGAAGCACGAUUCCAUGAGUUGGAUGUGGUUGUUGAUGUCUUCCUUGUAUGUGAAUCAAAUUUUACUGCAUAUGGGGACUCAAGGCCACUUUUAUUUCGUCAAAUGCUUCUUAAUGGCACUUUUGACUACAUAAAAUCCAAAGUGGUUUACGUCUUCUUGAAUCAUUUUCCAGAGGGUGGCAAACAGGAUGGAUGGAUUGCAGAUGACUACCUACGGACAUUUCUUACUCGAAAUGGUAUUGGACGUUUACAUAAUCUCAGAGACGAUGAUCUCUUUAUCAUAGACGACGCAGAUGAAAUCCCCAGUAGGGAAGGGGUUUUAUUCCUUAAGUUAUAUGAUGGGUGGACAGAACCCUUUGCUUUCCAUAUGCGCAAGUCGCUCUACGGAUUUUUUUGGAAGCAGCCUGGGACCCUGGAGGUAAUUUCUGGGUGCACUAUUGGAAUGCUUCGAACAGUGUACAGCACAGAUGGUAUUCGCUUGCGUAGGCGGGAAUACUACACUAUGCCCAAUUUUCGCCAAUAUGAAAACAAAACUGGCCAUAUUUUGGUGCAGUGGUCUUUGGGAAGCCCAUUACACUUUGCUGGUUGGCACUGCUCCUGGUGUUUCCCACCUGAGGGAAUCCACUUUAAGCUGAUUUCUGCACAGAAUGGUGAUUUUCCACGGUGGGGAGACUAUGAAGACAAAAGGGAUCUAAACUAUAUUCGAUGGCUUAUAAAGACAGGGGGUUGGUUUGAUGGGACCAAGCAAGAUUAUCCACCUGCUGACCCCCACGAGCACAUGUAUGCUCCUAAAUAUAUCAUGGAAAAUGUCCAACGUUAUAGCUACUUACUUAAAAACCCCUACAGCAGCUGAGUUGAUUGGAAACAUAAAUAUGAUGGUUAUGGUACAAAUAUCAUUACCCUUUGGGAUGUUGGCUUUUUUUUUUUUUUCAUCCAUUACAAAGGAAAUUUUCCACUAACUGGAGAUGAAGGUCCUAGCUUUGUAGGCUGCUAAGCUACACAGAUGAGCUACUGGUUUGCAGUGUUUAAUGGUUAUAUUCAGAAUGGUGAAGGCAUUCCUUACCCACAAAAGAGGUAUUUUAGCUGUGAUAUUCAAACCAAACAAAGAGGACAUUGCUGAUAUUAUAAUUUUUGGCUUCAUAAAGUACAGAAUCAUGGUCCCUAGCCUUGACUUCCAACUUAUUUACUACCAGUGCACCACUUUUGCUUAGUGGAUGAAAAGGUAACCGGUUAUGUUGCAGGCUUUUGUAGUAUCACUAGUUGUGUAAAUCUGCUUUUAACACAAACUGGAGAUGAUCACAAGUUACACUGUUAUAAAAUUUAUAUAUGUGUAUAUAUAUUUAUAUGAAGCCAUUUACAAAUUUACCUAAUAACACUCCUGGGCAGCAAAAGAAAUACAACUUUUGUCUGGAUAGCCUUAAAAAAUGAAAUUGUAAAAAAACAUAGGGACCACGCAUAUUGAGAUAUACAGCAACAUGAUUGGUUUAUGAGGAUUUGUCUAGAAUGGGGAAAGUCUGCUAAGUUUUUUUUAAAUUAUGUUUACUAGAGAGUUAAAAACAUAUUGUGUUACACAACCCUCUAGUAUUUAAGAAGGUUAAAGGAAUAAUUUGUGCCUAAAAUUAAUUUGGCUUUUGUAUUAAAGGCUGAAGAGAUAGUAUUACGCAUAUGUAUGUGAACGUCUGUCAAUCACUGUAGCUUCAGUUUGCAGAGCCAAAGGAACGGUUUGUUCAGCUUAGUAUAAGUGACUGCCCUGUGAGUUGUUUUUCCGCAUACAUAUCAUGCAGGUCUACCUAAACCAAAUCACAUGAAGGUAUAUAUCUCUGCGGGAACCAGACCUAGCCAAAGUCCAACAAUGAAUAUGGCCAAGACUGGUCAAGUCUGUCACAGUCUUUGACAGCAGUAAUGGUAGACAUAGUUAAACAGCUUGGAAAUCUUAAUUGCCAAUCUUAGUUUUAGAAGUACAUCCAAGAAAAGGUGAGAGCUUGAUUCUUUUGCGUUGAAGAAAAAAAUAUAUUUUGUUAACGAAAAUCUUCAGUGAGGAACAAAGUUUUUAUCAAGCUUGGACAUAUUUAAUGUUUAGUUGUUUCCAAACAUAUACAUACGUGCAGAUCAUGCAUGUUGCACAAAACAGAAUAUAUGCAAAAAGAGAGAUUCUUAUGAUUCCUCUAGUAGGUUGGGACCCUGUUGUGAUGCAAUAUCUUCUAACCCUUAACUCUUAUCAGGAGUUAAGUUUUCCCCCCAAAACAGCUGGAGAUACAAUUUUUGGAAAGCCGUAGGCUGAUUAAAUGAGUCUUCAACUCAUCAAUGCUCACUUGUCUGUGGGAGUCGAAGAAACUGGAGUAGACAGAUACACUCUGAUCACUAUCAAUUGAAGACGUGAUUUCCGGACGGUAUGCAUAGAUAAAAGAUUGGCUAUCACAAAGACUGCAUGUUUGCUUUUUGUAGAAACGAACUAUGUCCACUCACAUAUGGGUAGAUGUAAUUCUAUAAUGAUGGAUUAUCUUUAAUGUUGUACCUUGGGUCUUUAAUUCAUCACCAGAUGAUGUUCAGCAUUGCAUUGACUUAGAGCCAUCCAUGCCAAUGCUUUAAUUAAAGAAGAAAAACUGUGGUAUAAUGAAGGCAGAAAGCACUUUUUUGUAAAUGUUUUGCAAAAUAUUAGUGUACGAAUAUUUGAAAAUAUUAAGGACGUUUGUUAAGCCAAAUCUGUUUACAACAGCCGUGGGGACAGUAAAAGCCAGGUUUCAUGGGAUAAGUUUUUUGAAAUUUGUCUGAAUAUGAUUUAAAAGAGACUUCACCUGCUAUUGAAGCCAAGAUGCAAACAUGUUGGACAUAUGAUUUAAAAUAUGCAUGACUGAAAGACAAUAUUCACUCAUUGUUUCUAGACAAGUACUAGGACCCUAUUGGCAAGAAUGGCUGUAUUUGUGUCUUUCUUGUAGCACUAGACACAUACAGACAUUGUCUGCUGAGUAGUCAUCAAGUAAUUGUUUGUAGGGCUGUGGAAGGGUGGCCAGACAAUUUAGGGCAGGAUUUCAUUACAAGAAAUUUCAUUAACUCUGGUAAUUGAAUAACAGCUCUCCCAGUGACAUCUAUGGGGAAAUUUCUAUGACCUAAGAACUGCUGUUUUCUUUUUAUAGAAACUUUCCCAUAGAAAAAGACCGGUAUUGAACACGUUAUGCGAUAGGGUCUCAUUAAUUCCUUCUGGACCAGGGUGAAGAGAGUCAGUCACUUUUUUUUAUUGUGAAGGUCCUGGCAUAUUGUUGGUCAUGAAGGCAUUGCCUUUAAACAGUCCUGGAUUUGGCAGGAUUGUUCCAAAUCACGGCUCCUGCCCCCCAUCCUGGAUUUAUUCCCUGGUGUCCUACUUUAAAGACACCAGGGAAUCAUCCUCACGUCAAAAGACCCACUUGCUCUGCACAGCGUAUUCUCAGGGCAUUGAGCCCAUGGGCAAAGUGCUUUAGAAAUACUAUGUACAUGGUAUGCCUAAGUGACAUUGACUAAAAUAAAAAUGUUUGUAAGCCUAGCAUCCAUUUACGGCAGAGUGACAGGCCCCAUUUCUUGGGCAAGCAGCGAUGUCCUCUACUUGCCCACCCAACCCAUUACUAGUUUCAUACCUCCCAACGUUAGAGGUUCUUUUGUUUGCAUUUUUAUUUCAUUAUAGUUGGUGUUCUCCUUAAUAAGGGCAUCUGGUCAUCUUAACCUGUGGUCAGCUACCAGGAAGAUGUAUGGGCCUUAUAAAAAUUCUCUAUAUUGUUGAGCAGAAAAAAGAAAAAAAAAGAA